AAUAAGAGAUUUGUUCUGGACACAAACGUCUUCGGAAUUUAAUUAAGCUUCAUAACAGCAUAUGAAUUACAAUCAAAAUAAUAUACUUCUAGGUAUAAGAAAAUAAUGUACUUAUUUUCAAUCUAAUACCAUACAUUUGAGAUAAAGGGCAAGAACGUUUAUUAUUGUGAAUUGGCAACAGGACUAUGAUUUUGAGAGGGACUACAAUUUUUGGUGCAGAAAGAAGUUUUCCGGACUUCUGACACUAUGUAGCGUUUUAAUAGUGAUACCUAUAUUAAGAUAUAUAAUUUUUUUAAGUAAAAGAAGACUCCAUGUACAAGGGAAGGUAACGAAAAGUAUGGAUUCUUCUUGUCAUGGCGAAAGCAGUAGUUUGGCGCAUCAUUCCAUGGAAAUGUCAAUAUUUGGCAAUCCACUUCAGGAACCAGAACCAUUGGGCUCAGUCACACAUAACCAGGAAGUUAUUGGUUCAAGUACCAGUCUGCAAAUACGAUCAAGUGCAAGAGUGUCUAAGAAAAUGCGACUUGACUCUACUGCAACACCGGUAACCUCAGUAGUUGCAGAUAAGAAAGAACUAACAAAGGUUGAUGAUAAACCAGACAAGCCUGAAAAACCUGAGAAACCUGAAAGACAUGAGAAGGUUGAUCUCAAGCAGAAUGAUACAAAGCCAAAGAAACGGACUUGGGAACUGUGGUCACAGGAAGAUAAGAAUACAUUCUUUGAAGCUCUCAAUGAAUAUGGUAAAGAUUUUGAUUCAAUUCAAAAUCAUUUUGCAACUAAGGCAAAGAAGAAAGGGCUAGGUGAGCACUUAAUAAAGAACAAGGACCAAGUUCGACACUUUUAUUACCGGACAUGGCACAAGAUCUCUAAGCAUCUCAUAUUCUCUGAUAAUUUGAAAAAUGCCGCAAAAGAGCUGUAUGGUCUUGUCAACUAUGGCGAGAUUCGCAGGAAGAUUGGUUUUUGUACAGAGAAGAUCAUGUGCAUGAAACUCAAUGAGCUGGUGUAUAAGGGCACAAUACAGAUUCGUAUAAAAGGAAAAACUCUUCGUAUUAAAACUCCACUUUGCCGGGCACUUCGCAAGCUGAACAGGCUACAAGAAUGUCAAGAGGAUCUUAAGCUUCCUGCACGCGUGACGAUAGAGCUUCGUCCACGAUACAAUGAGGCUUGGAGCAGAGUCCAAGCUAUGUCCCACAAUCCUCGAAUACGAACAAUUCUUCCUUUACAAAGACGGCUCACUUCAUUUCUUGCGUACCUGAACUACCGCUGGCGUCCAUUGCACAUGAAGCAUCGUGAUAAAUUAUUGUCAGCCAUUGGCAGCAGUGAUCUCAUCUCACAUGACUCAGAAGACAAGAAAAAGGAGAAAGAGCCUUUGCUCCGUGUGGCACCAUGUGCAGGAGUUCAAAUAUGUCUGCCCACUGUGAACCUGACCGAGUACCUGACCAGUUCAAGUCUAUGCCUUAGCUCGUAUGAAGAGCGCUUUCAGAAGUGGCAAGCAGACGCUACCUCAGCACCUUUCAUGACAGGGAAGGGGGGUGGGAAGGGAUGCACAUCACGGAAAGGGGGGAAACGGCAGCGGGUUGACAGUUCGAGCGAAAAGAAGCUAACACCUGCCGAUGUGUCUGCCAUAUCGGCAUCAUCAGUUAUGAAACAGAAAGAGAAUGUGUGUUCUGAGAGUGAAUUUGUCAGUUGUGGUAUCUUAGACAAUGCUUGUGACAAUAAUCCUGUGUUCAGCAGUUCUGCAGCCUGCCAUGACGGAGGCAGGGAUCACAUGAUCUCUGGAGCUGAUGGUGAUUUUAACAAUAUGGCUGUGAAUCAUAUACUCUGUCAGCAGCAGCUCACAGGAGAUGGUAUUGGAUGUUUGAACUUGAGUGCUGUGCCUCCUGCAGAUGCAGAAACGCCUCUACUUCAGGAGGUGGUAAAUAAUAAGAUUGAGCCAAGCAUUGGCCCAGAGCCCAAGAUUGAUGACAAUGAAGAAGUUUUCAAUGCUGUUUCCAUAGGAGAGCUUUACCUCAUGUUUGGUAGUGAUUCAAAGCUGCAAAUGGAAUAUUGGUGGGAGAAUGUUCCUCCAGAAACAGCUCCAAACAUAAUGCCACUGCAGGCGCUAGUUGAAGGGGAUACUACAUUAGAAUCGCAGAGUAAUUCUGUGGGAGAAACUUUGCAGAAACUGAUAUCCAUUGCCAAGCUCAAUUUUUCAAAGGCAAAGGUCAUGUGCCCAUGUGGUCAUGUUUGUGGUGUAACUUCUAAGUCCACUAUUCCUAUUCGGAGGCCUCCGCUUGUUAGAAGUGUGGUGGAUGAAGCUACGGGCGGCAGCCAUCCCUCUGCGCAGCAGGUGUAUCCUGCUGUGAGCGUGAGUGUUACGACAAUGCAGGAUGGAGUAUUCAGACGUCCAUUGCUUGCUCCAUCCCAUUUCAAACCAUUGUCCAAAGUAGGCACUGCUGAUGCUUUCAAAGCACAGCUAGAUAAAUUUCGGCCACGGUACUGUAAUCGCCGAGGGCGUGCAGUUCGUCCAAAAAAUGUGGUUGUGCAGCGUAUGCUUCCACUUUUGCCUAAAGCACCCAAUGGCCAUGCAAUGGUCACACUGAAGGUUAUUCCACAGACAAGCCAGUUGUCAGGAGAAUUCAUGCCCAUUGAAGCAACAGUGGCUACAACCAGUCAACAGUCACACUCCCAUCCUGCUCCACUAAGACCACGCCCCAUUAAAAAUCAUCACAUCCUCCCAGCUACAUCCAACAAAAGUAAUACUGGAUGUUUACUGGUGCCCUCUAAUAACAGUGAUGUCACUCCUGUCACACUGCACCAAAGUGUAUGUGGCAACAGUGCCAGUGGAGUCGCAUUACAUCAGGGUGGAACCAGCCAUGCUACAACAGAAAGCAGCCUGCACAGUGCUGUGAGUGGGAAUGAUGACAGGUUAGGCAUACACCAGGUCAGAAGAAAGAACAAUAUUGGAGUGGGACUGCCACAGCAUGGACCUAGCAUGGAUUUACAUCACAGUGUGCUAGGAAGCAGCAGUGCUGUUACAGUGGGACUCCAUCGUGAUAGAAGCAGCAUAGAUGAUAGUAAUACCCAGUCACAUGUACCACUGGGCUUAUCUGUUCUACCUCUGAAUACACCAGUGGCUUCUCCUCCAAGCAUCUCCAACUUGCUGGAACUGUCCCUUCCUUCGGCUGUUGGCGAGGAGCUUGCUGUAGUUACUGGGUCAGGCAGCACUCGACUGUUGGAUGCCUCAGUGCCAGAUUCUUCAGCAACAGCUCAACCUAGCUUUGUAGGAUUGCUACCUAGUGAAGAAGGAUUUCAGAACUCAGUGACUCCUCCUAGUAGUCCUUUGCGGAUUCUUAAAGAAGCAGACAACCAAUGGCUGAACUCAGAGGUUGCAGACUUUUCUUUAAGUAGUUUCCUGGGGCAUUUGGAGUCACCUCUGAAACCAGCAACUAAUGUCCAAAACACAGAAGAUACAAGGCUAUUUUCAGAUGUGGAGGCUCAGCUGCAGUGCCUGAUGAGUGAAAACAGUAUUGACUACAUGGCUAAGUUUGCUGACCUAGCUGCCCAAAUUGCUUCAUCUGAUACGUCCAACAAAAAGUGACCAGCCUCUUUGCUUGCUGUUUUGUAUCAUAAUGUGUACAUACGUAUAUACUCGAGAUAAUAA